UCCCGCUCCCAUACCCAACCCGACCUCUCAGCCCUACGCCGCCGCAACCGUCAGUGCGCCUUGCCGAGAUCAGCCUCGUUGGAUCACAGCCACCUCCGCGCCGUUCACCGUCGAUGCGACCGACUCUGCUCACAACACCAUCACUCUUCGCCCUAUCUCACCCAACGGCGCGUGCCUAUCUCUACCCCGCGAAUCUGGAGAUGAUCACUUCAACAUCUAACCCUUGCACAUUCCCACCUUAUCAGACACAGACAAAGACACAGACCGCGUCAUCGCGCAUCCAACCCACUACCUCAUCACGAACCAAGAGCGUCCGCCUGCGCCCUACCAGAUAACCCACCCCCAUCACAACACAACAACUCCACAGAUAACGCUUCACAUGUCGACGGUACAGACGACUGCCUCUCCACGCGCUCCCCGGGGCAAGCCUCAGAGCCCAGCUCAGGCAGCGCACACCAACGCUGGCCGGCAGUCGCAACGCAAACCACGAGGCAACCGCGCACACAAUGGCUACAAUCAGAACCAACACAAUGCGGCAGGAGCGUCCCCGAGCAAGAUGCCUGCUGAGCUCGCCCACGCGGAAGGCGCGUCCUACUCAGGUGAGGACGCGCACAUGCCCUCUGGACCGCGCAACAUGAGGAAGCCCAACCAGUCCCAUCCCUCCAUCGACCGCGUCUUCUCUCCUCCUGAAUCAGAGCCUGUUCCGAUCAAUCCAUCUGCUACGCCGGCUAAGAUCCAGGCUGCCUAUGCCGGCCCGACCUUCCAUGCUUCUCCGGCUCCUUCUGCUCUGCCUAUACCCAAGUUUCUUUCUCGUUCUGUGCCGGCCAAAACACGUGCUGGUCCACCAACACCUCCGCCCGAAGAUAGUUCUGAUUCUGCUUCUCCAAGUCCUUCUGCUUCUCCUUCCCGCGCCCCGGUGGCCGUUCCUCCUCGUAAUGAACAAUCUCCAUUGGACCUGCUUUUCAAGGCGGAUGCAGCCGAGAGAGCCAAGGGCAACCAUGGACGCCCACUCUCCCACGGACCUUUCAACCCAAUGGACACUUCCAGGCCACAGCACUUGAAGCAUGAUUCGUCCCACUCGAUGAAUGGCAUCUUUCCCAUAGAGCUUGACGGGGGAAGCAAGCACGCGCACAUGUCUCCCCCACCAGCAGCCUCGCCCGCCUCGCAUCGCUCCGUUACAGAUCCCACCAAGGUUCCACAGCUCAAGGAUAUGCAGCAGCAGGGCAACGGCAAUGAUGUUAUGAACGACCUACUGAACCGUCUCUCAAUGUCACAGAAGAAGUCCUCUGCAACACCGCCUCGACCGGAUGCGCAGGGCCCACAAGGAUUCAUGAUAGGUCAGACACCAUCACCUUUCCAUGACGGUCGACCUCCCCAAAACCCCUCUGGACCUACCACACCGCAAGGACCACCGCCGAACCAAGACUCUGACUUUUUCUAUGGCAACCGUAAUCUUUCUCCCUUGUUCAAAGCCGCAAAGGGCGAGUCUGCAAAGAAGCGCAACUCUGGUCUUCGUACCGAGAUCUCGGCUGAGUCUCCAAUGGUCGGACCGGGCAACUUCCAGAGCUUUCCCUCUGUUCCUCCCACUCAGAUGAUGGACCCCAACGCCUUUUCCCGAGAUCAGCCAGGCAACGGCAACGGGGGCUUUACCAACGGGCCCCGUCCAUCAGCGCCCCAUGUACAACCCUAUCAACAAAGUCCAAACAACCGCAGGAAGACGCCUGGCCGGCAGCCACACCAGCCUCGUCCCGACGCCUACCAGAAACGAGGCAAUAUGGGUGGACCUGGAAAUAUGGCGGCUGAUGCUCCUCCAGCAUCUGCUCCGAAGCCUCCCACAAGCAUGAUGUCGUUUGUUCCUUCAUCAGUCGCUGCUAAACAACGCAAGACCUCGGCCCCCGCUGCCGCUGCUGGUGCCUCACCAAUGAAAACCGCCACCCCUUCCAAUACGUUGUCUCUGGAGCAGGAUCUCAAACGCUUGCUCAAUCUCAGCCCGGCUGGCGAGUCCAGCGUCAGGUAGUCGUUUUUUUCUACGAGACCUGCCAUGUUUGGACAUGGUUUGCGCUCACUACAUUCGCUUGUUUAUAUGGGUUUUCUAUUUGUUCCAUGUUCAUGGUUCAUUAUUGUAUUGCCACUUCAUUUGGAGUUUAUGGCGUUAUCAAUGGCUGGUGGCCAUCUUUUUUGUGGAAGUAGUGAGCAUUGACGGGCAUUUCG